UGGACUUUGUAUCCCCAGGGGGGAACUGCAACAGCCACGGUGGUGAGCCCGGGGCAGAGAGCCUGGGACGGCUGCAGCGGGGUGGUGAGCCUGGGGUGACCGCAGCAGGUCUCGGCCUUGGCCGGUGGACUUGGUACUGGGCGCCCGUUGGCGCGGCUUCCCCACCUCGCCUUCCCCUCCUCAGGCCAUGUGGCUGUGGGGCCUGGGGGUGCUGGGCGCGGCCCUACUCUGGGCCAUCUGGGACCGCUGGCCACGGGCAGGCGGCGCCGACGGCUUCGUCUUCAUCACGGGCUGCGACUCGGGGUUCGGGCGUAUGCUGGCCCUGCGGCUGCAACGGCGGGGCUGGAGCGUGCUGGCCGCCUGCCUCACCCCCGCGGGGGCCGACGCACUGCAGCGGGAGGCAACCCCCGGCCUCCGCACCAUCCUGCUCGACGUCACCGACCCAAGCAGUGUGCAGAGAGCUGCCCAGUGGGUGGGUUCGCUGGUGGGGCAGAGAGGUCUGUACGGGCUAGUGAACAACGCAGGCGUGUCUGGCCUCGUUGGACCCAAUGAGUGGCUGCGGCUGGCAGAUUUCCGCCAGGUCCUCGAGGUGAACACGCUGGGCGCCAUCGGCGUGACACUGGCCCUCCUGCCGCUGCUCCGCCGGGCACGGGGCCGCCUCGUCAACGUCACCAGCAUCCUGGGCCGCCUGGCCGCCAUCGGCGGAGGCUACUGCCCUUCCAAAUUCGCCCUGGAGGCCUUCUCGGACAGCUUGCGGCGGGACCUCUACCAUUUCGGCGUCCGAGUCUCCAUCGUGGAGCCCGGCUUCUUCCGCACAGCGAUGACCAACCUGCCCAGCGUGGAGGAGCCGCUGCAGGAGCGCUGGGACCAGCUGCCCUCUGAGAUCCGUGCCAGCUACGGCCCUGACUUCUUCCCCCAGUAUCUGCGGGUGCAGCGCCGCCUCAUGACACAGCUGUGCUCCGGGGACCUGAGUAAGGUGACAAAUUGCCUGGAGCAUGCCCUGACGGCCCGCCACCCCCGCACCCGCUACAGCCCCGGCUGGGAUGCCAAGCUGCUCUGGCUGCCGGCCUCCUACCUGCCCGCCUGGAUAGUGGAUGCAGUACUGGCCUGGAUCCUGCCCCGGCCCGCCGACCACACCCCUUAGCGACCACUCACCCAACCUAGGGCUUUUAGCCGAGCCUCGGUGGCGCCAAGCAGGGGGGCCAAGCCUGCCCUUUCCCCCCAUCAAUCCCAUGCUGGUGUGCCCCUCAAUAUACCACAAUAAACCAUCAAUAACCAAUCAA